AUGGCACCCAAAAAGAUCAUUAUCGAUACUGACCCGGGGAUCGAUGAUAUCCUCGGUCUUCUACUCGCUCUGUCCGCAACACCAGAGGAAGUUGAAGUCCUGCUUAUUUCCUUGACAUUCGGCAACAUUGAAGUAAGAAGCUGUCUUCGCAAUGUCGUCUCGAUGUUCCAUAUCCUCGAACGAGAGAUGCAAUGGCGUCGGGAGCAGGGCCGUCCUGAAGGGUUUGGUGCCCUGCGUGCUGCCCCGCCAGUCGUUGCGGUUGGUGCCGAGGAUCCCCUCGAAGACCAGAAGAUGUUGGCGGACUACUUCCUUGAACCCGUUCCGACGGGCAACCCUUCACGCCCGUCAUUCAUCCCAUCCAAGCGUCGGGCACACGAGGAGAUACUCCGUGUUUUGCGCGAAAAUGACCCAGACACCGUCACUCUGGUGGCAGUCGGACCUUUGACUAACCUCGCAUUGGCCUCUGCGGCUGAUCCAGAGACAUUCCUGCGUGUCAAGGAAGUGGUGGUGAUGGGCGGGGCUGUCAACGAGCCCGGUAAUGUAACCCCGGCCGCUGAAUUCAACGCCUACGCCGACGCAUUCGCAGCAGCACGGGUCUAUGCUUUGACAUCCCCCUCGCCCAAGACCACCAUCCCAACGAACUCAAGUCUACCAGACUACCCCACCAAUCUCAGCAAGCAGCUCACCCUGCGCAUCUUCCCGCUGGACAUCACACUCCGCCACGGCGUCUCGCGUGGCCAGUUCCGCAAGGCAGUCACCCCACACCUGGAGAAAGGCUCGCCGUUGGCCGAGUGGGUGUCAGCCUUCAUGGCUCACACUUUCCACACGGUCGAGAAGCUGCAUACGGGCCGGGUGGGUGAUGAUGUCGAGCUCAGUUUGCAUGACCCUGUCUGUGUGUGGUAUGCCAUUACCGCAGAGGAUGAGAAGUGGAAGCCCUCCGCGACCUCUCCAGAGGAUAUCCGAAUCGAGACCACUGGACAGUGGACCCGGGGUCUGUGUGUCGUUGACCGACGGAACAGACAUCGCAUCGAAGGUGAUGAGGAACACUCUAGCGACCAUGGUCUCUGGUUGAGCUCGAGAGCCGGAAACCGUGUCUGGAGAAUGGAUGCUUCGCCGGUCGAGGAUAAUUUCGGGGCUGUUCUCCUUGAACGGUUGUUUACUUGA